UUUGAUGAAAGUGAUGAUGAUUAUGAUGAUGAGGUAUCAAAUACAAGAGAUUUAGUUAGAAGUCAAAAUAGAAAGAAAAAGAAAUCUGGAGGUUUUCAGUCUAUGGGAUUAUCAACUAAUACUUUUAAAGGUAUUCAACAUAAAGGCUAUAAAAUACCAACACCAAUUCAAAGAAAGACCAUACCUAUUAUUAUGAAUGGUAAAGAUGUAGUAGCAAUGGCUAGAACAGGUAGUGGAAAAACUGCAGCUUUCUUGAUUCCACUGUUUGAGCAGUUAAAGAUUCACUCAUCAAAUGGAGCUAGAGCUAUGAUUAUGUCACCUACUAGAGAGUUAGCUUUACAAACAUUAAAGUUUACUAAAGAGAUUGGAAAACACACUGAUCUUAGAGCAGCAGUCAUAUUGGGUGGUGAUAGAAUGGAAUAUCAGUUUUCAGCUCUUCAUGAAAAUCCUGAUAUAAUAAUCGCCACACCAGGAAGAUUUCUACAUGUUACCAUGGAGAUGAAUUUAAAAUUAAAAUCAAUGGAAUAUGUAGUAUUUGAUGAGGCUGACAGAUUAUUUGAAAUGGGAUUUCAAGAACAGUUACAUGAAAUUAUACAUAGAUUACCUGAAUCACGUCAAACUUUAUUAUUCUCUGCUACCUUACCUAAACAAUUAGUAGAGUUUGCUAAAGCUGGUUUAAAUGAUCCCACAUUGAUACGCUUAGAUGUUGAUAAUAAACUCAGUGAACAUUUACAAACUGUAUAUAUAUCAUGUAGAUCAGAUGAUAAACCUGCAUUAUUAAUUAAUCUAUUACAAAAUAUUAUACCAACUAAAGAACAGUGUUUUAUAUUUGCUGCUACCAAACAUCAUGUAGAAUAUCUUCAGUUGAUUUUAGAGAAAGCUGGUAUUAGUUGUAGUUAUAUCUAUAGUUCAUUAGAUCCGACAGCUAGAAAGAUAGCAGUUGGCAAGUUUCAGAUGAAGAAAGUAAGAGUUAUGAUAGUAACUGAUCUAGCAGCUCGUGGAAUUGAUAUACCAAUGUUAGACAACGUUAUUAAUUAUAACUUUCCUGCCAAAUCUAAAUUAUUUGUACACAGAGUUGGUCGUGUAGCUAGGGCAGGAAGAACUGGUACAGCAUUCUCCAUUAUUUCUCCUGAUGAAGUACAAUUUUUAGUUGAUUUACAUGUUUUUCUUGGUCGGCCAUUAAAACUAGUCACAGGCAAUCAACAACAUGAUGAUGAAGAUGGUUUAUAUGGUACUUAUCCCAGAAAUUUUCUAGAUUCUGAUAUUUUGAUGUUACGACAGUGGCAUUCAGAAUCUUUGGACUUGAAUGAAAUGAAGAGAGUAUGUGGUAAUGCUUACAAACAAUAUCUACGUUCUAGACCUAACCCAGCACCAGAAUCUGUUAAAAGAGUGAAACAGAUGGAGAGUGAUGGUAUUAUACUAGGAGUUCAUCCUUGUUACAAAUCUAAAACAGAUUCAGAUGAUGCUGAGCAACAGAAAUUAUUAAAUGCUUUAAAAUCUUAUAAGAGCAGAUCAACUGUAUUUGAAAUGAAUAUAACUGGGAAAUGUAAAAGUCAUGAUAUUAUGAAAGAAAAGAGAGCUAAACAUCAAGCUGUUAUAUCAACAACUACACAGAAAACAACUCAAAAUAAACUAGACAGAGAGUUAGUUAAUACUAGAUCUGGUAGUAAUAAACAGGACAGUCAGGCUAAUGCUGAAGAAUCAGUAUUUAGUACAGUUAUUGAUGGUAAACCAUCAUCUAAAUAUGAUAUGAAUAGAAAGAAGAAGAAAAGAGAUAGAAUAGGAAGAGAUGAAGAAAACUAUUUAUCUUAUCAACCUGCUGAUUACCAGUCGGAGAAAGGAUUAAGUUUGGGAGGAUUUGAGCGGGAAGUAGCAGGAGCAGAAAUUGAAAUAGUUGGUGAUGAUAUAGAUACUAUUAGAAAUCAACGUGUACAAUCUAAGUGGGAUAGAAAGAGAAAAAGAUUUGUUAAAGAUGGUGGUGGUGAUCCAAAUAAAAAGAAAAUACGGACUGAAAGUGGAGCCUGGAUUCCCGCUUCUUAUAAAUCUAGUGUAUAUCCUUUUCAAAUUUGGUCAAAAAAUAUGGUUUUGAUGACAUUAAUAUUAAAGUUUCAUGCAUCUCUAUUUAGUCAGAUUUUAAUUUUGAUAUACUUAUAA